AUGAGUGAACAGGAAAAACCAAUGUUUAAACCUCUUUAUAUUAAGAACAAGGAACUACAAUCAGAACAGAGUGAAAGGAUUAUAGAUUAUGAACUGUAUGAAGCUAUUCGUGAAAAAAUUGGGGACAAGAUAUAUUGCAUUCAAUUGGAAAGAGAGUUUAUCUCAAGUGAAUUUGGGCACAGAGCUCAGCAAUGCAACAGUGAAAAGGCCUGCAGAGUAUGUCGCGAACCUGGUCAUGAACCAGGAUCUCCGGACUGCCAACAUUACAAAGAGACUGAAAAUGUUGUUGCAUUCCAAGGAAAAGAAAAUCCCAUUUCAAACUUUUUCCCUUGCGACAUUAAAGUCUUUGGCGAGCACCACCAGUCAGCUGAGCAUGCUUAUCAGUUGAUGAAAGCGCUACGUGCAGGUAAUUUAGUUGCAGCUGAGAAGGUAAGAAACGCUCCCACAGCACUCGAUGCUAAAAAGAUAGGAAAUUCCAUAAAGGACCCGGAGGGUUGGAGCGAGCAAAAACUGGAAAUAAUGGAAGAAAUCGUGUCUGCAAAAGCUGAACAAGUAACUUUAAUGCGAGAAAAACUUGAAGCCUCUAAUGCUAAUACGAUUUUUGCCGAGUCCACUGUUGACGUGUACUGGGGUACAGGCUUGGAUACCAUCGGCACAACUCAAACAGAACCAUCAAAAUGGCCAGGUGAAAACAAACUUGGAGUCAUCGUCCAAAAAAUUGCUGCCAAAUAUACUAGAAAACUCAGGAGCGCCUCCGUGCCUAGGAAAGGCUCUCAAACCGAGGACAGUCAAAAGAAACUUGAUACAUUUAUCCGAGAUAUGAAAAAAAAUAAAAAGAAAAAUGAAAAAGAAUCUGCUACAAAAUGA